AAUGCUUGUUUUUUUGUUGAUGCUUCACAUCGCUUUGAGAUGUCUUUGUGUAAAUGAAUCGCGCUUGCUAUAUACGUUCAAUAAAUUACAUUAGUCAAAAUUGGCAAAUCUAAACCUUUCGUAAACUCACAUUUCUGCAAAGGAUGAGGAAUACGUAAAUAUUUUAAUAAAUGAUAUAUGUGGAUGUGGUGUCACAAUGAAUCGCCUAGCAACCAUGGUGAGUUAGUAAACAUUCUAGUGCGACAAACAAGGGGAUACAAUUUGGCGGCAAGAGCAUGUGUUUAUCAUCCUCAACAUUGUAACAUUUCCAGCUUUUAUAAUGCCACUAACGAGAGAUCCCUUUCCUUUUCCUAAAACUGAGAACGACUACUCAUUAACUGGGGCAAGGCAAUGUCAGAAAGAGCCAUUUGAUAAACCAACUCACAUUGCUCAAAAUGACGAACCGUGGAGUUGUCUAAAUGACAGGGCUACUCUAGCCAGCAUCAGAAGGAAUGUCCGGUAUCAUGACCGGCAGGCACCUAAAGACAGCCUAGACUUCCAUCUGAAAUCAACCUAUGACCACCACCAAGAGUUCCUCAGUAGUAAGAACCAGACCUUAUACCAGAGGGAGACUUUUACUGACGACCAUGGGAGGACUCUGAAGAACCGUGGAAAACAUGAAGCGCCCUUGUGUGAAACCAAGAAAGAAGUCAAAGUAUGGAUGAACUCACAGAAGUCUUCCAUCUACAGCAUUGAGGGAACAAUAGAAUCUCAUCACAACGCCUCUACUAACAGGGGAUACUCCAGGAAGCACGAUGGGGGAUUCUACUCCACCUAAUAAUACUGUCACACAACUCACUCAGUGGGCAAUGGACAUCACUCAACUUCCAGUGAACUACCCCCUACACAAGAUCAUUACUAUAUUUAAGUAUUCAAGUCACUGAAACAUCUUAAAAUAUAAGCAUUCCUUAACUUUGACAGCAUAUUGUUGAGUGGUGGUUGCAUUUUCAGCACACGAGCCAACAGUACCUUAUAACAUCAAAAUGUUUGUUUGGUUGCACAUUGAUCAAAUGUUUGUUUGUUGCCACCCAGGCUUUUUUUAUUUUAAUGGGGAAGCAGCAGAGCCACUGAAUUUCUGCUAUAAAARUAACCUGGCACACGUGAUUCCCUUCUCUCCAUAAACGCUCACUACUUUUGUCCUUAACCCCAAUAUCUGGCUAAAAUAKAUGUGAUCUAGCUUGCCUGGACAAGGGUUGGCUGGCGAGCUAGCCAGAAAACGUUGGCUAAGUAGCUAGCUAGCCACCUACAACAGUGUUAAUUAUCGUCCCAGGGGAACAAUUUUUAAAUUUAUAGCAGAUCAGAAUCGCUGUUAUACUCAUUAGCCAGUGUGGAGAAUGAGGUAAAACUACAAAUCUCCUCGGCACUAGUAUAUCUGAUCGAGUCAUCACUUCUGACCACAAUUUAUUGUAGAGCCCUGAAGUUCAUGGAAGCUUCAUGCUCAUUGCCUCAGGAGCUCGCAUGUCGGGUAUUAUCAUUUCAGAAUCGGGGCAUGGUCAAACCCCAACCAGAUCAAACCAGAUCACUGUGUAGAACUAUAAACAUAAAACAAUCACACACUCAUUCAGUCGUACAGGCACACAAAACGCACACACAUACCACCAUUCAAACAAAACUGACCGUACUACCGCGUUGUUGAAUUUAUAGAGCGCAGAGAAUCAUGGGAACUCUCGGAGGAAAGAAAGGUUGGAGUAAAAUAAUAGCGUGCCCUCGUGUGGCCAUCAAUGGUAAUGUGGGCAUGCCUUGUAAUGAGUAGGCCUACAUUUGCUUGUUUAUAAUAAACCACACAACAAACAGAGUACCAGUCAAAAUUUMGCACACACCUACUCAUUCAAGGGUUUUUCUUUAUGGAAU